UGCCGUCUCUCUUGCAAAGUGGUUCAUGUUCCAAAGGAGCAGCAGCCCCUUAUUUUUGCUCUUGAAGGAAAAGAAGAAUUUGGUCAUCAUGAAAUUGAUUGUUGGACUUGCUGUGGUUUGGACUGCAGUGAAGCUUUCCAGGAGCCAAUGUGUCCUUGAAAAGGAGUACUUCUGCUCUUCCAUUCCAAAUGGUUUCCCAGAAGGGCUGACCUCCAUUCUCUUUGUCGUAACCAACAUUGGUGUCAUCAACUCAACAAUCUUCAACAGCCCAAGCUUGGAAUCUGUCACCAGUCUUGCGCUAGCGAACAGCGGUAUCACAAAGAUUGAAGCCGGCGCUUUUCAUGCUUUCCGAUGUCUCACCAAACUCAGUUUAUAUCAGAACAGCUUGACAAACGUGAUGGCUUCUUGGCUUUCCAAGCCAGGACAUUUGGAAAACUUUACAGUGGCUCACAACCUCAUUUCUGAAAUAGGGCCAAACAUGUUUUCCCGCUUCACCAAUUUGACAACUCUGAAUUUAGCAUACAAUCGAAUCAGGAGGAUCGGCAGUGGGAGUUUUAAGGGCUUGCCCAAGCUCACCUCAAUUGACCUUUCGGGCAAUAAUUUAACAUCCUUAACAAGAAGUGUAUUUGAUGGACUAAAGCGGCCAGUGUUGAAACUUGGUUCCAACCCGUGGCAUUGUUCCUGUGAACUUCAGGAUUUUGGAUUAUUUCUUCAAGAGUUGGUCAAUGUAUCUCUGCUGGAAGAUGCUGCUUCUGUUGUGUGUCGAAGCCCACUGAGCCUUGAAGGAAUUCACGUUUGGAAUAUCUCAGGCAUGAACUGCUCCCCAGACAUUCUAUCUUCACUCUUUGAAGCUGGCUUCUAUAAAGUUGGAUUGCCAGUUUUGCUAACAUGCUUAGCAGUGUUGAUUUCCUUCAUUUUGCUGCUGUUUUUGAUCUGGAUGGUGAAACGUGAUAAGCAAAUUCAACCCAGAAAAGAACCCACGGAUCCAUCCACCAGCAUGAAAUCAAGCAGCCGCAGUGACUCUUCCACCACAGUGUGCCAGAAGUCUGGCAAAAAGGCUAGACCAGCAAAUCCAGGCAAAGAUCUGCAAGCCAGUGUGCUGAGAGUUCGCGCCAAAUCUGCCUCGGCCAUUUUGUUGCAAACGGAGUUCUACCAGGGACGAAGACAGGUCACCAGUUUGGGUGCUGCAAGCCAGAAGCAUCCAACAGCCCUCCAGGAUGUGUUGAGUGAUCAACCUUGUGUAGGAAUUGAAGCCUUGCCUAACUUUAUGGAAUCAUGGUAUUAUAAGCUCCAUGAAGUCAGCAAGAAGGACUUACAGAAACGCCAUGCCAGUUGCUUUUUGGCUGAAGUGUGUAUAGAAACACCAGUGAUGAAAACUUCUCAUUCAGCAGGAAUCCAAAUACUGCAGGAAGAUGGGACUUCAGAAGUACCUGAUGAUGGCAAAAGCCAUGACAGCAUUGACAAUUCUGAACCCUUCUUAUAUUUAAGUGUUACUACAGCAGCUGAAGAGCCAACUGAUGCUCAGUCCAAAAAGGAACCAAUUAUAAAUUCAGGAGGAAGUCACUUGGACUCCUUGAGGAGAGCUUUGACGUGGCCUUAUGAGAGGUCUGCCCUUGGGCAGAAGUCAAAUCCAUUAAGCAUUAGGGACUCUUUCGCUGCACAGUUCUUCCUGCCUGUCGGUAACCUUGGUGAGUCCCUGGAUGUUGGUAAAUUGGAACUGGACAAAGACCUGCAGCAUCUGAGAAGGUGGAAUCAGACACAUUAUGCAAGUCUGGAGUUAAACGCAGAGGCAAAGUUAGCCAAAGACAUGGAGUCUGCACGAAUGAGAGAGGGGAUGGUAGCAGCUGCUACUGAGCCAGUAGACACUGGGAAAUCAGAAUUGGAUGAAGAACUGCAAAGGCAGAGCGAUCUAUGUGUAAGUGACAGAAAGGAUUAUCAGGUUCACGAAGGCCGAAGUGAAAUAAACACAGAGGCAAAACCAACCAGCCAAGCAGAGCUUCAGAAACAAUCCAAAGUCACAGUGGCUGUCAAAGGUAUCCAUAACUCAUGGUCCACCACAAAAGCAGCCAGAUGCCCUCCAAGUGAGAAAAAUGAACAGUUGUCCAAGCCAGUAUCUUCUCGGUCUAGGAUCCACCAUGAAAUUUAUCCUUCGCCAUUGUCAGAUGAUACCAGUCAGACAAAUUUUCCAGGGGAUGAUGCCUUACUUGAAAAUAAUAAGCAUAACUAUACGAAUCUGCUUCAUGAAGUGGUGGAGAAUCGCGGGAGGUGGACCAGAGAGCGAUGGAAACAGACCCACCAAAUGCGUGCUGUUCACCCAACUAAAUCCCAGUAGAUUGCAUUGGGCUCCAACUGAGUGUUUGGUAUAUUGUACAUCACUUGUGUAGCCCAAAAUACAUUAGUGCUUUGUUAAGUGGGACCACUGAAAGAUGCUGAAUUAACAGCAAUGGAUUGGAAGGUGGCCUAUGUAUUUACAAAAAAAAAUGCUUAGGAAGCAGUAUAUCCUCACAAUGCUGUUCUAGAAUGUCUCAGACAUAUUCUGAAGCAGCAUUCUGAAGGUGAGAAGUCCCAUGUUGAUUGCCCCAAAUGAUGUUUUUUGUGAUGUGGUCUUCUGUGAGCCUACAAUAAUGCAUCCAUCCAAAUUACCUUCAAAAGAGACAGUGAGGUUUGAUCAGCUUUGAGACCUAGAACAGUGUUGGUCAAUGGAAAUGGGUCAUACCAGUCCAGACCUUGGUCUGCUGUUUGAAGAGGCAGCGGUUCAACUUGCCUGGUGAUUUGUAAUGAUUGCCAGCACCACAGUUUGGGUGAGCAAGGUGGGGAUGAGAAAAUCAGCGAUCGUAUGAGUGGUAUGUUAUGGGGGGCUAUAGUUAGUCUGGCUUAAUUUCAUUGACUGGAAGAAUACCAAAAACUCUGAAUGCUCUAAAUCACCAUAUAGAUGUUGUUGCUGUUUCUUAGGUAGAGUUAGUCUUUUUAGGACUGUGUCUUCUCCAGUUCUUUGCAGGUGGAACUAGGUGAGGUGGGACACACAGCCACCCCCUGUUGAGUUUUCCUCAUGUCCCCAUGUAGUGAAACUGCCGAGACCUUAUGAUGAACAUUUUCACAUCAAUUACAAUGUCCGUUACAUAGCUUAGCUAGGAAUACAUUUCUAGGUCCGUGGUUAAGAUUGUGGGUCUGUAGAAGUAUUGGAAGUGUUGGCUAAUGUGUUUUGACAAGUGGUGGUGGUUUGUCAUCUUACUUGUUAAGCAAGAUAGAGUAUAGCCACCACCCAUGAAGAUUACUGUACUAUGAGUUUUGUUUGCUUGCACAAUACAAUUGUUUUGUAUAUUGACACCACGAGAUAAUUUUUGCAUGCUUUGUUUCUGUCUGUUACUGAAUUAUUGACGUGCUGAUAAACCAACUAGAGAUCUUGGGCUCACAGCUAGCCACUCAGUGAACAUUAUUUUGUAACAGGGAUUGUUGUUCCCCAUUCAAACUGCAAACCUGCUUAAACAUCUAAUCAGUGGUGGGAUUCAAAUAAUUUAACAACCAGUUCUGGUGGUGGGAUUCAAAUAAUUUAACAACUGGUUCUACGAAAGUGGUGCGAACCUGCUGAAUCCCACCACUGUAUCUAAUCCAUUUUAUGUUUUCAUGUCUUCUGAAAGCUGUUCAGCUGAUCAACUAGACAUUUUCUAAUGUCUCUUAUGCAAAAGUAAUUGAAAUGUGAUGCCAUCUAUAUUUUAGUGCUUAUUUUAGACUUCUUAACGUGUUCAUAAUAAAAAGUCUGCUAAAGUGUACUCGUAUUUUCAUAAUCUCAUAGAACAGAAAAUCCUUAUAUUUAAUAA